AUGCAUAUCGGAAAAGCGAUAGAAGAUAUCCUCUACAGACGAGAGAUAAUAACCCCCCCAGAGAAGAAAAACUCUGAGGGAAAAAACAUAAAAGACACGAAACAUACGGGAACCAACACGCACCGCUGGCAGAACCUAGCCGACGGCCCAAAAACCAAAAACCUCCCAACCACCAACAAACUGGCAGAGACAUCCCAGACAGAAGUCCCAGGAACAGACACCAUCCCCAAACACACACAAGGCGAGCUAGUGGUGCGCAAAGGCCGCGAGCACGAUAGACCAGCACCAUACAAACGGAGAGGCACGGACAAACGAGGACGAGACAACGCCACCCCGAACGAGACUGAAAUCAGCCUCCAGACACAACCAGCCUCCCCCCUCGCUGAGCGACACGAGACAGACACCCAGGCAAGCCCGACCCCAGGCGAAAACGAAAUCCACAUAGACGCCGAGCCCCACCAAGACUCCGAAUCCCCCAUAAACGCAGAAAACACCCAAGAACCUGCCACAACCAACACCGAGAACAGAGCAGACAUCGAAGAGAUCACCAUGGAUGACCACGAAACCUACAUACGCAUGUCAGACACAGAAUUCGGGGCUACGAAAGCGAAACACCGUGACGACAACCCGCACCUAAAAGUCGUCGACGAACGCCCUACACCCACGCUAAACUCCAAGGGGGAAGCCCCCUUCCAGCGAGUACAAGGGGGAGUCUUCCCAGUGCACAAUAUCGCCAGAUACAGAAUUUGGGAAGGGGUCGACAAAGCCCAGCGAAAACAAGUCGAGUCAUGGGAUCCGUCGAAAACCAUAAUCAUCAUCAUGGCACUGGGCGGUCAGCAUCUAUUCAAUAGCAGACACAAUGAGACCGGGACGGACGUCAAGCUUUCCCUCUCCGGCAUCUCAGACAAAAUCCACUAUGUCGCCCCAGUCUCCGAAGGCAACGGAAAAGGGGCAAAAUACGCACCCCCCAUGGUCGCAUUCCUCAGAUGCGAAGACUCAGACACCCGCGACACCAUCCUCCAAGAGCCGUUCAUCGCAGUAAACAACUGCACCGCAUACUGGCCGACAACCCUCCUGGAGGAGAAACGUAGCUGGACACUGGCACACUUCGAGAUGUCGUCGAUAACGGACACAGAAGAGAUGAUGGCGGAACUUCGAGGUGCGAUCCGAGAAAGGAUGCACACAAACAACGAAAUCGUGCUACACCUCGACCGCAUGACCCAACCGCUGACCGGACCACUGGAAAAACGGAUCGACCACAUCGCCCUCAGCAUCGAUGCGGUCUACAGAAACGAUGGCGAAUGCGCCACCAUGGCGGUAUACAUGGAUCCUGGGUUUGGAUCAGAAGCCGAGCAACUCAAGCUCCGCGAGAUGCUGAGACAAGAGGAAUACAUAGCAGGCGCCAUCCGAUACAAACCGAGCGUCGACAUGUACGAUGGCUCAAUCAAAGGCUGUGUCAUAUGCAAGCUCGACGACCACCCCUCCCGCAUGUGCCCGUUCACAGCGGCCAAAUGGUGGGGCCCACCAGACCAACUCUCACGUCUUCCCCCGGACCAUCCGCUUGCAUCAAAGGCGUCGAAACGCAACGACCGCAACAACCAUAGAGGCGGAGGUGUACACCGCGGAGGAAGCUCCCGAAGCCGAGGUGGAGGAAACCUCCCGAACCGUGGCCGUGGUCGUGGAAGACACACAUAG